UGGCGGGAGGAAUGAAAGUGGCGGCGCUCGGCGGCGGGUCCCGGCCGCGGGAGUCGGUCCGGCUCCCGGCAGCCGCGUUGGGCGGCGGAGCCCGGUGGCUCCUCCUGCUUCUCUGCUGCGGCUUCCCCUGUGGCGCAGCCGGAGCCCAGGAGCAGGUGUUGCGGCUGCGGGAGGCCCAGACGGAGCAGCAGACCAGCAGCCGGCACUUCUGCUACCACAGCACACUGCUGCCCAGGUGGUACGACGUCUGGACGCGCGUGCAGAUCCGGGUGAACAGCUCCAAGGCGGUGCGCAUCACCCAGGCGGACAGCGAGGAGAAGCUGCGGGAGCUGCAGCAGUCCAGCGUCUGGAACUUCUUCUCCUCCUUCGUGAAAGAGAAGCUCAACGACACCUACAUCAGUGUGGACCUGCACAGCCGGAAGACCUGUCUGCAGGUGGAGGUCCUGCAGCCGGGCACCACCUACAGCGUCUCCGUGGCCCGCGGGUUUGACUCCAAACUCUUCCUCAUUUUCCUGCUGGGAGUCCUGCUGUUCUUCUGUGGAGAUGUGCUGAGCAGGAGCCAGUUGUUCUUCUACUCCACGGGUGUGAGUGUGGGCGUCCUGGCCUCUCUCCUCAUCGCCAUCUUCCUGCUGUCCAGGCUGGUGCCCAAGAAAAGCCCACUUUAUGUCAUCCUGCUGGGAGGCUGGUCCUUCUCGCUCUACCUCAUCCAGCUGAUCUUCAGGAACCUCCAUGAGAUCUGCAACGACCACUGGCAGUAUCUGCUGGGCUACGUGUUGGUGGUCGGAUUUAUCAGCUUCGCCGUGUGCUACAGUCACGGGCCCCUGCAGCACGAGCGCAGCAUCAACCUGCUGACCUGGGCCCUGCAGCUGAGUGGCCUGGCCCUCAUCUACGCCAGCGUCCAGCUGCGCCCGGUCGCCCUAGCCCUGGUGGCCGGGGCUCUGGCCACCCGCAUUCUGGAGUACCCGGUGCAGUGGCUGCACGCCACCUACAGGCGCAUGCGUAAUGCAGUGGCAAAGCCAGUCCCUCCGCGGCUCCUGACAGAGGAAGAGUACCGGCUACAGGGGGAGGUGGAGACGCGCCGAGCGCUGGAAGACCUCCGUAACCUCUGCAGCAGCCCUGACUUCCGGCCCUGGAAGACCAUUGCCCGCAUCCAGUCGCCCAAGAGGUUCGCCGAUUUCAUGGAGGGUUCCUUCCACCUGACCCCGAAUGAGGUCUCAGUCCAUGAGCAGGAAUACGGGCUGGGCAGUGCCUUUGCUGAAGAUGAGCUAUUCGAGGACUUCUCCAUUGAGGAUGAUGAGCCCUUGGAGCCCCUCGAGCCCCUCACGCUCCCGGACCUCCCCAACCACCUCGGGUCAUAAGGGCCUCGCCACCGCCACGGCAACGACCAUCACUGGCACCAAGCCUCUGGGCGAAGGAGCAUCGACCCCAGCGAUGCCAUGGGUCGGGCACGGUGGCGACGGAGCUGGAGCUCUGUCCCUGAUGAGUGGGCGGGUGGGUAGGGCUCAGACUCACAGGACCCAGACUGGAGUCAGGAUGGACGUCAGGACCAUCCCCGGGGCAGCAGGGAGGCUGCCAGCUUCCGGCUGACUUGAUCUGACUGGUGACUGCUGGUGACUGGGCUUAAUCCCAAUGCAAAGAGAACCAUUAACUCACCCUGAGCGUGCCCCAGGGAAGUGGUGACCCACUGAAACCAGAAUGCCUGGGCUGGGGACUCCUGCUGUGUCCGUCGACUCUCCCCUGUCUGGCCGGCCAUUAGAAACUGGGCAGCCGGGCCUGAUCGGAGCCUGGCCGAUUCCGUCAGUAACACCGGGCCUCGAGUGGGCCUGAGUGCAGCCAGCACCCCUCUUGUGCCUGCUGGUCAGCCCACCACCGCCUUGAAGGGCCAUCUUCCAGCUACAGCCGCUCUUCUCACCGCCCCCUCGUCUGCCUGCUGACGGUGUCGGGCAGGUCAAGGGGAUGUUUCAGGCGGUCCCCCGCGCUGCUCACGUCUCCCUGGGCAGGGACCCAGAGAGCUGUCUCAUCUUGCCAGCACUGAUCAUUUCCCUCCAGCCACUGGCUGUGGGAGGAAGGGCAGGGGUUGGGGGGAAGCGGGAUUAGAGGAUUAGUAGAUCCUCAAUUUAGAGGACCUGGGAUGUUCACGGGUCCUCUCUGCACUGCCUGGGAGGGUGGAUCUCUGAGUUGGAGGUAGCUGGGUGGGGACCGAGGUCAAACUCCCCAUGGAGGGGUUCCUCAAGCUCUAACCCCAGCUAACCAUCCUGGUUCCAGAAGCCAGUGCAGGGUCAGUGGCUUCCUGAAGGAAGGGGGGGGUGUCUGGCAGGCCAGCGGCUAGUCACAGUUGCAAUAAAUUUUUGUAAACCAGCA